AUGUAUGUGAGUUAAAACUUCACUUUGGUUUUUCACUUUUUAUAAGAGAAUUAUUAUUAAAUGUUUUUAAAUUGUUUGUGUAAAGAGGCUUGCUUAUACUUCUAAAAUAUUUUGGAAUUUUAUCACUUCAUGUUGGUAAUCUUUGAACCGGCAAAUGGCAUUUCAAUGACAGCUAAUUUUUCCGAAACUGAAAAUUUAAAAUCUUUCUCGGAAAAUUAGUCUAAAAACAAUAUAAUGCUGUAAUAAUAAAUCUACAUAGCGGAACUAUGGAACACUUAAUCAGGGGCAAAUUUGGCCGAAUUAUUAUAAGCUCUUAUUCCAAUAACCCACUAAAAUAUGGACCACGUAAACUAUACCAAAGAAAUUACGGUAGUCUUUGGGGCGGUAGAGCUCUUGAAAGGUCACGACCAUUGUUUUACCAACAUUAUAGAUACCAGCGAAGGGAGUAUGGAAUGUUGAUAGUUAGAGCUCUAAGGGGUGUUCUAAAAAUCCGAUAUUUGUUAUUGGGAGGUGCUGUUGCAGGAGGAGGAGCAUUACAAAAGAAAUAUCAAGACUGGAAGGAUGGAAUGCCUGACUUGAAAUGGUUAGAUGAUGUUCUUCCUGACAAUGAAAAGUGGCAAGAAUGGCGCGGGAAUUUGAUAGAUUUUAAAGACAACAUUAAGAACAAUAUUUCAAUUGAUCCUAGGAUAAAGUCUUUGACUGAAUCAAAGUUAAGUGAGUUUAGGACAUGGUUUGAUCAGAGAUUAGAUGAUGCAAUAGCGGCCGCAGAGCAAGAAAAUGGUCAGCUUCCACCCGCCAUUGAUGAUACAAAAGAAAUGAAUACAGUGUUUGCAAAACCAUUCAGUGACCCUGAGAGAGAGGAAAGAGCAAGACGUGAUGCCCAAACCAGACUAAAUAAUUUACAAGAUGAAAUAAUCCAAACCCAAAUCAAGUAUCAGAAAGAAUUAGAAAGACUUGAAAAAGAAAACAAGGAAUUACGGAAACAAAAUCUGUUACUAAAACAAGGCAAAAAACCACCAACUAGAAAAAUCAAACGCAGUUUGAUUGACAUGUAUAGCGAAGUUUUGGAUGAACUUGCUGAUUUUGAUAGUGGGUAUAACACCCAAGAUCAAUUACCCAGAGUUGUGGUUGUUGGAGAUCAGAGUAGCGGCAAGACUUCUGUCUUGGAGAUGAUCGCCCAGGCUAGAAUUUUUCCUAGAGGAGGGGGAGAAAUGAUGACGAGAGCACCGGUCAAAGUCACACUGUCUGAGGGUCCUUAUCACGUGGCCCAAUUCAGGGAUUCCACCAGAGAGUUUGACUUGACGAAAGAAUCGGAUUUGUCGGAUUUGAGGCGAGAGGUGGAACUCAGAAUGAGGAAUAGCGUGAGGGGUGGGAAGACGGUGUCUAGUGAGGUUAUUUCAAUGACGGUUAAAGGGCCAGGGCUGCAGAGGAUGGUUCUAGUUGAUUUACCAGGUAUUAUUUCGACUGUCACUACGGACAUGGCGUCAGAUACUCGCGAGUGUAUAAAGCAAAUGACCCAAACAUACAUGAACAACCCAAACGCGAUAAUUUUAUGUAUCCAAGACGGCGCUGUCGAUGCUGAAAGAAGCAACGUAACCGAUUUAGUAUCACAAUGUGAUCCUCAGGGCAAACGAACAAUUUUCGUCCUAACUAAAGUCGAUUUGGCUGAAGAAAAUUUAGCUGAUCCGAAUAGAAUACGCAAAAUCCUCUCUGGUAAACUAUUCCCGAUGAAAGCCCUUGGCUACUUCGCUGUCGUCACCGGCAGAGGUCGCAAAGACGACUCGAUUCAAACCAUCAAAGAUUACGAGGAAAACUUUUUCAAACACUCUAAACUCUUCAAAGAUGGCGUCAUUCGUUCAACGCAAGUUACCACACGUAAUCUGAGUCUUGCAGUGGCCGAUUGUUUCUGGAAAAUGGUCCGUGAGACAGUCGAGCAGCAAGCGGAUGCGUUCAAAGCUCGCCGUUUCAAUUUGGAAACUGAGUGGAAAAACAAUUUCCCGCGAAUUCGGGAACAAGACAGAGAUGAAUUGUUCGAAAGAGCGCGUUCGGAAAUCCUCGACGAAGUGGUCAACCUAUCACAAGUCAGUCCCAAACAAUGGGAAGAGUGCCUCAUGAGUAAAAUCUGGGAGAAAGUUUCGAGUCACGUGUUUGAAAACAUUUAUUUACCGUCGGCACAAACCGGGACUUCGGAAACUUUCAAUACUUCCGUUGAUAUUAAGUUGAGACAGUGGGCCGAGCAGGCACUUCCGGCUCAAUCGGUUGAGUCAGGUUGGGAAACUUUGCAACAAGAAUUUCAGAAGUUUAUGAAUAAGGCGAAAGAGGCCCCCGAUCAUGACGAUGUUUUCGAUUUGUUGAAAGCAGCAGUUGUUAGUGAGGCCAUGCAGAGACACUCGUGGGAGGAUAAAGCGUCAGAAAUGUUGAGAGUUAUUCAGUUGAAUACUUUGGAAGAUCGGACAGUUGGUGAUAAACGAGAUUGGGAUGCGGCUGUGAAAUUCCUUGAGAAUAGUGUUAAAGAUAAGUUGAAACAAACGGAGGAUUUGUUGAGGGACCUUUUGGGGCCUUCGGCGAAAGACAGAUGGCUGUAUUGGAAAUACCAAAGUGAGCAGCAAGCCAAAAGAAGCGCCGUCAAGUCGGAAUUAGACAAAAUCCUCUAUUCUAAUGAAAAACACCCGCCUCUGCUUAGUUACGACGAAUUAACCACAAUUAGGAACAAUUUAUUGCAACGUAACAGUAUCGAAGUCGAUAAUGAGUUUAUACGCGAAGUGUGGUUCCCUGUAUAUAGGCGUCAUUUUUUGAAACAGUCACUUGUAAAAGCGUACGAUUGUCGAAAAUCGUUUUAUUUGUAUCAUCAACAGGCCGAUGUUGAUUGUUCCGAUGUUGUGCUAUUUCAUAGAAUUCAACAAAUGAUGAAAGUUACUGCAAAUGCGCUUAGACAACAGAUAACAAAUCGUGAAGCGAGGAGGUUAGAUAAAGAAAUUAAAGAAGUGUUGGAGGAUUAUAGCCAGGAUAGUGAUAAGAAGGAGACGCUACUUACAGGCAGGAGGGUCACAUUAGCUGAGGAAUUGAAACGUGUUCGCCAGAUUCAGGAGAAGCUAGAAGAGUUCAUCCAAGCGUUGAACAAGGAAAAGUAAUCCCAUUUAUUAUUUAGAUAAGUGUUUAAACGGAUUUUUCCGAUAGGAGCAAAGGUAAUGCGAAGUUUAAAAUUGGUAUUUUGAAUACUGCAGGAACGUUGUUGUUGUGAGGAAUCAAGUUCGUCUAUUGUUAAGCGAGUAAAAGUAGUUUCUCUUUAUUUUUAUUUAUUUACUGGCAAAUUUGCAUUUUAUAAAAAUCAAUUUUUGUUUUUAUUUGAAUAAAUUGUUUAACACAA